CAGGUGCCCGCUUACUGCCCACACUCAGGGUACCCAGAGUUCAGGGAGCCACAGCCCUCACUCAGGGUCCCGGGCGCUCAGGGAGUCAUGGCUCUCUCAGUCCCUGGUGCCAAAGAGCAGAUCGCAAGGGGAACUGACCUGUCAGGGAAGCCCAAGGUUGGAUCCCCGUGGCAGAGAGAAGAGGAGGCACGUCCCUGCAGUGGGAACAGCAGGAGCACGGGGAGUGAUGACGGAGAGCCAGCCGACUGCCCUCCAGUGCUACACCUGCCCGGAGCCCACCAGCGUGGCCAACUGUGUCGCCACCAAGACCUGCAGCGCCAACGAGACCAUGUGCAAGACGACACUGUAUUCCCUGGAGAUCGUGUACCCCUUCCUGGGGGACUCCACGGUCACCAAGUCCUGCACCAGCAAGUGUGAGCCCUCGGACAUGGACGGCAUCGGGCAGAGCCGGCCAGUGUCCUGCUGCAACACGGAGCUGUGCAACGUGGACCGGGCGCCUGCGCUGGGCGGCCCCUGCGGCCUGGCCCUGGCGCUCACGCUUCUCCCACUCCUGAGCCUCCGACUCUAGGAGCCCCCAUCCCCUCGCCUGGCCCUGUGCAGCUCAGCCCAAUUCCUUGAACAAGUGCGGCCCAGUCGCCCCUG